AUGGCGCUUCAUUUAUCAAAAUAAUCCGUGACGUCACUUGUUCAGCAACGAAGAAGGAUACUGAUCUUUUUAACGUAACUUCUGUGCACAUCGACUUCAAGUCUACCGUUUUAAACCACGUUAAGUUUUUAACGAUCCCAUCCCGAUUAAAGCAUGACGAUUUUACCCAAGAAAACGGUAUCCAAGAAUAAAAACGAAACCGAUAAUGUCGACAAAAAUUUACCCCACCAUCCUCGACAUCAUUCUCAUGCUACUACGUCGGAAACUCGUCACGAAAAACCAGUGCGCGUAAUAAACUCGCCUACCCGGUGGCUACCCACCCCAGGUAGGGAAGAUGCCGCUCACGUUGACCCCGGGCCCUAUGAAGGCCACGAAGCCUCGAGCAGUCAUAAUAAACGAAGGCACAGGACGUCUCCCCAUAGGAAUCAUCCUAGAAAGCAUAGAGGGGCACACACAGCGCAUUCGUCCACCGUUGUUACCCACAUGGCAACACAUACUGCUCCAAAAAACGUUCCCAUUGAGGAGGAAGAAACUAGACGCAAUAGUGACGACGAGUAUGUUCCACCUGCGCCAUCAGAAAAUCUAGAAGAACUCGAGAAGUGGUUUGAGAAUGGCUUGAAAGAGAAGAAAGGAUUUGUUAUAAGGAAGAUGGGAGAGGAUGGGGCUUGUCUUUUCAGGGCUGUCGCGGACCAGGUGUAUGGGGAUCAAGAAAUGCAUACUACCGUUAGAAAACAAUGUAUAGAAUAUCUAGCUAAGAAUGCUGAUUAUUACUCCCAUUAUGUAACAGAAGAUUUCACCACAUACCUGAAUCGCAAGCGGAUGGACAAUUGCCAUGGAAACCAUUUAGAAAUCCAAGCCAUGUGCGAAAUUUAUAACAGGCCUAUCGAGGUGUAUCAGUAUAGUUUAGAUCCAAUGAACACUUUCCACAGCUCCUACAAGACUGAUAAUGAGCCCAUUCGCAUCAGCUACCACAGUAAUGUCCACUACAAUUCUGUCGUAGACCCAUAUAAACAGACCAUUGGAGUUGGGCUGGGACUCCCUCUGGCCAACUUUCAGCCUGGGCUUGCAGAGACCCACUUGGUGCACGACGCGACGCGCCAGUCUGAGGAGCUGCACCUUGAGCAGGCGAUGUUGCAGGAUAAGAUCCGAGAGACAGACUGGGAGGUCACACAGGAGACCCUGCAGGAGCAGGUGGCUCGAGAGUCCUACCUGCAGUGGCUCAAAGAUAACGAGAAACGGGCCCGCACUAAUGACCAUCGUACAGCCUGUGCCACAUGCAGUUCCUCUAGUGAUAACACACAGCUGUUGGAGAGUGCCGGUUCCCCAGAGGUCCGAACGGGCCGAUCGCCGCACCAGAAAUCCAGUGCCACCCACGGUCAGGAUAGCCCACCUAGGCUUGAGUCAGGGGACCACCACAACUCACCACGAAUUCCGGAACAAAAAGUGAAUUCCCCUGGGGCUAAGUGUGAUGCAGGAGCAAGUAACUACAUGGAAGGUGCAACAGGAGGUUAUGAGUUUGAAACCCACUCCAUUGUCAACCAGUUCCCCAACUCCAUAUACGCUGACUUUGCAAAUUUUGAUGAAGACGAUAUUUUGGCUCAAGUGAUCGCGCAGUCGCAGCAAGAGUACAUAGACCACUUUAAAAAAAGUACAAACUCCCCGCUGCCUUCCAAUGAAAGCACCUCUACCGGAAACCCCUGCCCAUCCCCUGACAGUUAGCGAAUGUUUGAUAAGCAGCAUUCAAUCUCUUCAAUAAAAUGAUGGGUACAAAAGUUGAGAGCAUGUAACAGCAAUAUGGCAAGCGAUUGCAGUUUGAAAUGAGGAAAGUGGAUAAAGGAAUUCUAGAGUAGGGAUGGAUACUAAAAAUAUUAGCGUAUCAUAUCAUGGCUUUAUUUGUGAUAAAUGAGUUUUACGUAUGCAAUGGAAACUUAAUUGAUCUAUAAGUCUCUAUUGGUUUGAACUCUUUUCUUUUUGAGAAAAUUGUGCUGUUUAUCCCCCCUCCCUCCCCCCGAUUUUGUGAACAAUGAAAAAUGAGUCGCGAUCUGUUCAAAUUGUAAAAAAAAUUAGUUGCAAACUGGUCAAAAUUGUGAAAAAAUAAACGCGAACUUUCUAAUAUAGUGAAAAUUGGCGUCACGAACUUCUUGACAUUGUGAAAAUUUGAGUCGCAAAUUUCCCAAAUUCGUGAAAAACGGCCGUUCUCACAGUAGGAAAAAAGCCCUGAUCUGUUUGUCCGUCACAACACAGAUUAUGAAAUUUCAUUUUUUUUUCGUUACAUAAUUGAUGCUUAAACUUGAUAUUGGAGACUCAUAUUUAAGCUUUAAAACUUAUUGUUUCAAUAAUUUCAACACUUUGUGUGGGGGUGGUAUAUGUUUAAAAAGUAUAAACAUGAAAAUAUCUUUAGGGGUAAAGCUAGUUAAGUUAUUUUUUUGAUAUUCCAGUAUCUUUUUUUUUAUAAAGAACUGCAUUUAUUAUUGUGCUUAUUAUUUAUAAUAUUGCCAACACUUGAAUUGUAUUAUUGCUCUGACAGUGGAAAUCUUUUAUUUACAUAAGCAAUACAGAUGUAGUACAGAUAAAUGAGUAUUACAGCAAGAAGAAGUGUAGACUAUGAAUUGUUUGUGCGAUAUUACAGAAAGAAAUUCUAGACUAGAUUAACUGUUACACACAGGAAUUGUAUUUGGCCUGUUUGUUUUCAUUCCUAUCCAUUAUAUAUCGGUAUGCAUUGUUUGAUACCAUUAUCUUUUAUUGUUUCCAUAUACCAUCCUUAUCUUAGCAUUUGUGAAAUAUCUGAUUUUUGGAAAUAAUGUAUACUGAAAAAACAUGCCCUGCAUAUACUAAGACUGCUACACAAUGCUGAUUGUAUUGACUUGUCUGUAUGAGCCAUUUGCAACCCAACAUACUAUUAUUACUAUCACACUUUAUACAAAUAUUUACAUUUAUUAUUGCGACUUAAUAUUUGUGUGAUAAAGAUGUUGUUAAAGCGAUUGAAGGAGAGCAGUUUAGUUCUAAUGUUUAUUUAUCUGUUUUUCUGUGUUUUUAAAACAUCAAAAUAAUGGAAGGCUUGACUUUUUGGUUGAACGUUUAUUUUGAGGUCACAUAAAAUGUUUUACAUAUUUUCUUGUACGAAAUUGUAAUCUAAUGAAAUACAUGCACAUUUUCCUUUAAAGGGACCUUUUCACAUUUGAUAAAUUGACAAAAUAAAAAAAAUAAUUCAGAUUCCCAAAUUUUAGUUGAUUUUAUGGGUUUUUUUUGCAAGAAAACAGUAAUACUGAACAUUUACCAUGCUCUAAAAUAUCCAUCAUAUGCAUCUUUUGAAGAGUUAAAAACUUUACAUGUUUCAAACGUGAAACGAAGGUAGAAAUUGGAAAGUUGUGUUGUUAUUGAUAUAUUUUGUGACAUUAAAGGGAUAGCUUAUAUUAUUAAUAAAACACUAAGCAUGAAUGGCCUAGGCGAUUAAAUGUUAGACUUUUACACUAAGGGUCGGUGCUAGCAUGAAUGGCCUAGGCUAUUAAGUGUUAGACUUUUACUCUAAGGGUCGGUGCUAGCAUGAAUGGCCUAGGCUAUUAAGUGUUAGACUUUUACUCUAAGGGUCGGUGCUAGCAUGAAUGGCCUAGGCUAUUAAGUGUUAGACUUUUACUCUAAGGGUCGGUGCUGCAUGCUAUUUUUGUUGUUGUUUUAUACUGGAACUCUUUAGUUCCGAUGAUUACAUUUAUCAAUUUGAAGCCACUUCAAAACUUGCAAAAAAUCUGUGAAAAGGUCCCUUUAAUAUGUAAAAAAUAUUUAUUAACAAACACAGUGCCUUCUUACAUUUUAACUUGUGAGUUACCAUCUUUCAUUGCAGCAUUUUCUUAGCAUACUGCAACUUUGAAAACUAGCUUGUUCCUCAAUAAACACGAUUGUUGUUACAGCUUUGUGUGCAUUGACAAAAUAAAACUAUCAUUGACUUUGUCAUGUGGUUGAUAAUGAUUGAAACUGUUCACAAUACAAAUUGUGCUUCGUCUUUUGCAAUUUUUGACAUAUGCAUGCAACUGUUGCGAACCAAGUGGCUAUAGAAAUGUGGAUAAACAGUUGUAGAUAUCAUUUUCAAAAAAGCUUGUAUAAAGCUGGUAUAAAUUACUUUUUUUUUUUUAAAAAUAACGAUGUACAGACAAAUGAAUUGCAUUGGAUGUAUAGGUAUGUGCUCUUUGUGUGAUAAAAUGAGUCGCGUUCUGAGAAAACUGGACAUAAUGCAUGUGCGUAAAGUGUCGUCCGAGAUUAGCCUGUGCAGUCCACACAGGCUAAUCAGGAACGACACUUUCCGCUUUUAUGGUAUUUUCGUUUAAAGGAAGUCUCUUCUACACGAAAAUCCAGUUAAGGCAGAAAGUGUUGUCCCUGAUUAGCCCCUGCAGACUGCACAGGCUAAUCUGGGACAACACUACGCACAUGCAUUAUACCCAGUUUUCUCAGAACGCGACUCAAAUGGUGGAUUGUGCUUUUAGAGUAGAUUUUUUGUUAGUGAUGGAUAUUUGUUGAAAUUCGGAACCUGGGUUCCAGAUUUUGUAUUCAGUUGUUUUUCUUUUACAUUGAAUUUAUUUCAGAUGCUUUUAUGUUGUUUUCCUUCUUUUGAAAUAUUAUUAAACAUUCAGAUGGUGUUUCUGAAUAUUGUUAAUCUCUUUAUAAACUCUUUGAGUCUUGCUCUGGGAAAACAAGGCUUAUUGCAUGUGUGUAAAGUGUUGUCCAAUAUUAGCCUGGGCAGUCUGCACAGGCUUAUGAGGGGCAACACUUUCCGCUUUUAUGAAAUAUUUUGUAAGAGGAAGUCUGUUCUAAACAAAAAACCAAGUCUAGGCAAAAAGUAUCGGACUGAACAGGAUAAUCUGGGAUGAUACUUUGUGCACAGACAUAAAGGACUGCCGAGGCUUAUCUGCGAUGUGUUCAAACAUAAGGGACUGCCGAGGCUUAUCUGCGAUGUGCACAGACAUAAAGGACUGCCGAGGCUUAUCUGCGAUGUGCACAGACAUAUAGGACUACCGAGGCUUAUCUGCAAUGUGCACAGACAUAUAGGACUGCCGAGGCUUAUCUGCGAUGUGCACAGACAUAUAGGACUGCCGAGGCUAAUCUGCGAUGUGCACAGACAUAUAGGCCUGUCGAGGCUUAUCUGCGAUGUGCACAGACAUAUAGGACUGCCGAGGCUUAUCUGCAAUGUGCACAGACAUAAAGGACUGCCGAGGCUUAUCUGCGAUAUGCACAGACAUAUAGGACUGCCGAGGCUUAUCUGCGAUGUGCACAGACAUAUAGGACUGUCGAGGCUUAUCUGCGAUGUGCACAGACAUAUAGGACUGUCGAGGCUUAUCUGCGAUGUGCACAGACAUAUAGGACUGCCGAGGCUUAUCUGCAAUGUGCACAGACAUAUAGGACUGCCGAGGCUUAUCUGCGAUGUGCACAGACAUAUAGGACUGUCGAGGCUUAUCUGCGAUGUGCACAGACAUAUAGGACUGUCGAGGCUUAUCUGCGAUGUGCACAGACAUAUAGGACUGUCGAGGCUUAUCUGCGAUGUGCACAGACAUAUAGGACUGCCAAGGCUUAUCUGCGAUGUGCACAGACAUAUAGGACUACCGAGGCUUAUCUGCAAUGUGCACAGACAUAUAGGACUGCCGAGGCUUAUCUGCGAUGUGCACAGACAUAUAGGACUGUCGAGGCUUAUCUGCGAUGUGCACAGACAUAAAGCUAGGUUUUCCCAGAUCGCUGCUCAUUUAUAUUAACUCUGUUUCAUUGCUAAUAAUAAAAAGAUACUAUAA